AUGACGUAUCUCGACCUCGAGAAAAACAAGCCUGCACUGGACUCAGACGACGACCGUUCCCUCGUAUUUCUCCAGACAAUCAUCCUAGUUACCUUGCUCCACGAGCUCACUCACACUCUCAUGAACAAGAUCUUCAGCGGCCACCUUGAUUCCUUUUUCAAAAGCGGAGACAUCCUGCGCGAUAUCGUGGAACACGAGAGAUCUCUAUUCGUUGGCUCGGUCUUGUGCGUCGAAUGGCUCCAGUUCGAAGCUGCGGGUGAACAAGAUUCGAAGUAUAUGUUCGCAGCCAGUUCAAACUGGGGAAGGGCUUCACAAUGUUUUGGUGGAGGUCCUGAGAAUGAUGCUGGGUUCUAUCGACCGGAGCGAAAUCUUUAG